CAAUGGGACUGACUCCCAGGUUAGCACGUUAGCCCCGUGCUGCAAGGCUGUGCACGUUUACUUGCGAGGAGGCAGUCCGGAUCUUCCUGGAUUUACUGCAGAGGAAAUGCUGAUGGGAUCCGCCGGUUCUUCUUUUUGAAUUCCCUGGAGUUGCCCCUUUAAGGCGGUCGAGAGGAUUUGCGCGCCGUUUGGAGUUUGGGAGGCGCUUGCAAGUUUGGUCGCCGCCUUGAAGCAAUGGAUACCCCGUCCCGGACCAAAAUGAGAAGGGAACCUACUUCUCAGUAAAUGGAGACGCUCGUGGAGAUUCCAGUUGCACAUAUAUCGAGGGAAUUUGUAGGUGCAUGAAGGUCACUGGAGCCCGAAGGAUUUGCUGGUAAAAUAAACCAUGCAGGAGUACAGACUCCCCUCUUUCAUCUAGACUGAGAUUUAUGGACUUGUACAUGAUGAAUUGUGAACUUUUGGCCACAUGCAGUGCCCUUGGCUUCUUGGAGGGGGACACAUACCACAAAGAGCCCGAUUGCUUAGAGAGUGUGAAAGACUUGAUCCGCUACCUGCGACAUGAGGAUGAGACUCGGGAUAUCCGGCAGCAGCUGGGGGCAGCCCAAAUUCUCCAGAAUGACCUGGUGCCAAUCAUUACCCAGUACCCUGAAGAUAAACAACUCUUUGAUGCCAUUAUCAGGCUGAUGGUGAAUCUAACCCAGCCAGCUUUAGUUUGCUUUGGCAAACUCCCACAAGAUGCCAGCUUUCGCCAUCACUUCCUAGAAAUAGUUUCUUAUCUGCAGGCCUACAAAGAAGCAUUUGCUAAUGAGAAGGUCUUUGGGGUGCUAAGUGAGAAGCUGUAUGACCUGCUGCAGCUGGACUGGGAACAGCGUCAAGAAGAGGACAAUUUGUUAAUUGAGCGCAUUCUUCUGUUGGUGCGCAACGUGCUGCAUGUCCCUGCUGACCCUGAUGAAGAGAAGAACAUUGAUGAUGAUGCCAACGUCCAUGACCGUGUGCUGUGGGCCAUACACAUAAGUGGCAUGGAUGACCUGCUCAAAUUCUUGGCCAGCUCCCAGAGCGACCAGCAGUGGAGCCUGCAUGUGCUGGAGAUCAUCUCCCUGAUGUUCCGGGACCAGAACCCUGAGCAGCUGGCAACUACAGGGCAGACCCGUUCAGCCAAGGAGCGUGGGACAGACGUGGCAGAAUUGGAGGCCCUGAGACAGAAGGAAAUGGCUGAGAGGAAGGGCCGUAUACUCCAACAAAGCAGCAGGCACUCUCGUUUUGGUGGCUGUUAUGUCAUUGAGGGCUUGAAGUCUAUUGGCGACAGAGAUGUUGUCUUGCACAAGGGCAUACACAAUUUGAAGAACUAUACCCAUGAUCUAGGGAAGGGGGUGCAGCGAGUGCCAAAGAGACAGCAGCGAGCCCAUGACUACGGGGGAACCCUUCGCCGCUCAGCCCUCAGUGUACGCAUCUUCCUCAAGGACUUCUGCAAGGACUUCUUGGAGAACUGCUACAACCGCCUCAUGUAUCUGGUCAAGGAUCAUCUAAUCAGAGAGAAGGCUCAGCAGCAUGACGAGACCUACUACCUUUGGGCCGUGGCUUUUUUCAUGGCUUUCAACCGGGCUUCCUGUUUCCAUCCUGAGUUGAUUUCGGAGACUGUUUCGGUCCGGGCCUUCCACUUCAUCGAGCAGAGUCUGACCAACUACUAUGAAAUGAUGCUUGUGGAUAAGGAGGCGGCUACAUCUUGGUCCAGAAGAAUGCAUCUGGCCCUGAAGGCCUACCAGGAGUUGUUGAUGACCAUGCACGAAAUGGAUCGUUCUCAAGAAGAAGCUGUGCGUAACAGCAGCCAUAUUCUCAAGAAUAACAUUUUCUACCAGAUGGAAUAUCGUGAGCUUUUCCUCACCCUCUUCCGUAAGUUUGAUGAGAGAAAGCAGCCCAGGUCAUUCCUAAAAGACUUGGUGGAAACCACUCACCUUUUCUUGAAGAUGCUGGAGAGAUUUUGCAAAGGGAGGAACAAUGUAAUGGUCCAGAGCAAGAAGACCAAGCGGAGAAAAAAGCCGCAAACUUGCCGCACCUUGCAGCCCCGAACUCCUGAAGAGCUGAACCAAAUGUGGCCAAAGCUGGUCGAGCAUCUCAGUAAAUGCACACAGGGUUCUGAGCCUCUUCCAGAGGAUGUGGUCCCCUUUGAUGCAGCAUCAGAAGUUCCAAUGGAGGAACAGCGAGCUGAGGCCAUGGUACGGAUCCAGGACAGCCUACUGGCUGGUCGAGUACCUGAAGCACUGUCCCUCUUGCAUUCAGCUAGAGAGGUAUGGCCGGAAGGGGAUGUUUUUGGAUCUCCAAGCCUUGCUCCAGAUGAAGAAGUUGAGCUGCUGAAACAUAUCUUUUUUGCCAACCUCCCUCGGCAAGCAGCCCCUGAGCCAGAUGAACCUGAAGAGGCAGCUGAGGAAGAAGAGAUUGCUGAGGAAGAGCUGGCAUCUGUGCAAGUAUCAGAGAAGGAGUUCAGCUUCCUGGACUACCUGAAGCGGUUUGCUAGCGCUAAUGUGGUCAAGGCCUACGCCCUUCUUUUCAAGAACUACCAGCAGAACAGCACCCACACCAACCACUGUGUGGUGAAGAUGCUGCACCGCAUUGCCCAUGAUCUCAAGAUGGAGGCACUGCUGUUCCAGCUUUCCAUCUUCUGCCUCUUCAACCAACUCCUCAGUGAUCCUGCCUCUGAAGCUUACAAGGAACUGGUGACCUUUGCCAAAUACAUUGUGGGGAAAUUCUGUGCCCUGGCAUCCACCAACAAGAAGGUCUACGUGGAACUCUUAUUCUGGAAAACUACGGCUGUGAUACGGGAGAUGACUAUGGGCUAUGGGAGUUUACAGGAAGAAAGCUCAAACUCUCGCAAGGCGUGUCAGUGGAGCGAGGCUGAGGAGGAGGAGCUGCGAGAACUCUUCUACAAGUACAAGGAAGUGGAAGGAGAAGAUGUCCUUAGCAACAUCCUGACACACCUGAGCACCAACAACCGGACUCGUAAACAGGUGGCCAAGCAGCUGGUGCGCUUGGGGUUAGCAAGCAGCAUGCGAGACUUUCCACAGGAGCGAAAGGGGACUCGCAUCGUUUUGUGGACUCAGGAUCAAGAGGCUGAGCUUCAGCGCCUCUUCGAAGAAUUCCAGGGCACUGACGAUAUCCUAGGCAAUGUGAUGAGGCACAUCACAGCGAAGCGCUCCAGGGCGCGCAUUAUCGAGAAGCUCCUCAGCCUGGGGCUGGUGUCUGACCGCAAGGAGCUCUACAAGAAGCGCAAGCCUGGCUUCCGCGAUGCGAACAAAAACAUGUUCCCCAAGGACUUUGGGGUGCCUGACCUAGAUGAGGUUAAUGAUGACGAAGAGGAAGAGGAUGAUUUGGACAGUGAGGAUGAGGCACAGCCAGUCUGGGAGGAUGGGGACCUUGACAUGUGCAACAGACCCCUGGAUGGGUCGACUAACAAAAAAGGGGUUGCUGCCUCCAACAGCAUCUCCCAGGAUCUCAUACGAAGUCUGCAGCAAGAAGGCAUAUCUGGUCCUCUGCUAUGGCUCCAGAACUGUCUCAACCGAACAGCUGAUGACAGAGAAGAGGAUGGCUGCGCCCAACAUGUUCCUUUGGUGCCACUUUCUGAAGAGAACGAGGAUGCGAUGGAGCACAAAGGCUUCCAGAAGCUGCUACGGAACGUGGGGAUACGACCCCCAGCCAAUGAGCAGGAAUCUUUCUGGCGCAUCCCAGCCAAACUCAGCCCGGAACGACUGCGACAACUGGCUACUUCCAUUGGCCUGCAGGGAAUGGUGGAUGAGGCUAAAGAACAUCCAGCUGAGGAAGAUGUUCUUGAGACAGAGGAACCAAGGAGCGUGAUUUCAGAAAUGGAGGAGUCCAUCCAGAUCCCACUGGGACCCAAGAGGACCCGCCUGAUCAGCAAUGAUGAGCAUGAGAGCGACAACCAAGACUCCAGUGAUGAGGAUGGGCCACGUCCUGCUGGCAAGAGAAAAUGCCUGCGAAUUGAGGAAGAGGAAGAUUGAUGGAGCAGAGCCCCGAAAUGCAAUUACACCCACACAACUUGGGCCUUGCGGCUGCAGCUGAUCCCCUCAGACAGUGGGAUCUUAAUUGGACCAGACUGGCAGUUGUCAGAUUUCCUAUAUGCUCAAUACUUUUUUGGGAUAAGAUUUGGAGAGGAGAUGCAGAAUGAUUGAAUUCUGGAUUCAAAAAAAAAAUCAACAUAGGUGGGCUAAUCGCUUAAAAAUGGUGCAAGAGCAUGUGAAAAAUAAGAAUUGGGCAUUUUCUCAUUCUGCUGUGCUGUGGGUUAUAAGACUUAAUGCAGGUACAUGAUGCAUUCUCUCUCAGAACUGUUCCAUAUUUGUAGACAAACCGUUGGUAAGUUGCCCCCAUUCUUGCACUGCUGGUGUCUGUGUAGUCCAGUGGUGGCGAACCUUUGGCACUCCAGAUGUUAUGGACUACAAUUCCCAUCAGCCCCUGCCAAUUGGCCAUGCUGGCAGGGCCUGAUGGGAAUUGUAGUCCAUAACAUCUGGAGUGCCAAAGGUUCGCCACCACGGGUGUAGUCUCAUCCUUGCAGGUUGGGUUCCCAGGCUGAAAUUAAAGGAGGUAGGUUCCUUAUAACCUCUGACCCCCUCCCUUCCAGAUUUGCCUUGCUCACUCCGCCGUCCCUGCGCCUUCUUGGCAUUGUCCCUUUGCUUUUCACGUGUUGCCUUACAAUGUUUGCAGACACCCUUCUGUCCCUGUCAUUUGUGUUUUAUCCUGUCCUCAGUUCUCCAUCCCUGAAGAUGGGUAUCUGAACAGGAACAACAUAGUCCCGUGUGGUGUUCUGUGUCAGAACUGAAUGGCAAGGGGGCAAACUCAAGAGCUGCAGCUAGGUAGGGAAGAGGCAUUGGCCAUUCUUUCCUUUGUGUCCAGAUAACCGUCUCCCUGCACAAUCCCUGCUGUUGACUUUAUUGUUUGUGCUGUUCAGGAUGGAGGCAAGGCCAGAGGAGAAUCAAGAUAAGUCUUCUGCUGGCUUCCCCAAGCUCACUACUUUGCCUGUCCAUGGAUCACGUUCAUGUUAGCUGGGCAUUGAUUCGAUGAGUUUGUGUUGGUUUUUUAUAUUGAAAAUUUUCAAUCUUUUGAGUAAUUCUGAAGAAAUAAAAUGUUUUGAAGAA